AUGGGGACCAAAUUUAUUCUUUGGGUUGACUGUGGGGAUAUCGUGUCACUGAAGAGAAGCUUCACUAAUAUAGCCGAGAAACUCCAGCUCCUCGCCUACGAUGCUCGAGAUCAUGAUACGAAUCGGGACCUGGUAUUAGACUGGUUACAAGAAACUGGUGGGUAUUUUCCAUGGAUUAUCAUUUACGACGAUGUGACUAGUUUCGAUCUAAUUGAGCAUUAUUGGCCGGAUGAGACUUGCGAUGGGCGAGCUAUCAUCACAACAAGAAAUGAUGCGCUCGCCCGGGAUGGCCCCUGCAAGAAUUUGCCUUCGAUGGGAUAUGAUACAUUCAUAGAUGUGACAACUGAUAUCCAGCCAAUGGGUAUUGAUCAGACAAUACGCGAUCUGCUCAAAAUCGAGGCUCAUCUCCCCAAUGGUUCAACCCCCAACUUGAACUAUUCCAAUACUGAAAGAGAAUACAUUUACCACCUCUGCAGAAAAUUACAAGGCAACAUGCAAGAUAUGAUAAUCAUGGGAGCACUCCUCGGUCAAAAGCUAUACACCGUUGGGGCCAUGGAAGGUGAAAUGGGUAUCAACCUUAAUCAACUCAAAGAGUGGCUACUUCCUGAGGAUAUAGCCUGGUGCAAAAAUGAUGCAGAUGAUCUAUCUCUUAUUUCUUUGGUGAAUGAACAAGCUGUUAUUGGAAUUUCACGCACCACGCAAACAAAUUUCCUCAUAUGGAUGGGCGAAGAAGGUGUUGCCGUUGGCUUAAAAAUAGCCUCGAAGUUUCUUUAUGGGAUUCAGGAGAAGCAAAUCCGUCGUAAUAUCGAGCAGCAGAGUACGAGAGACUACGAGGACCUUUCCUUUUGCCUACCACAUGUGCGUACUCUGAAAGAUAAAUUCAGAACGGCACGACAAUCGUAUCCAACGAUUAAGGGCUCCCGUGAGCUGUGCUAUCUUUUAGUUGGAUUUGUGCGGUAG